GCCCAAGCAGCUGGAGGGGGUGAGAAGGGUUCGAGGUCCUGAAAGGAAAGGAGAAGGUGUGGGUUCGGGGGAGGAGGAAGUGAAGAGAUUUAGUGAAGAGGACUAUGGCCAGCAACGAGCGUACCUUCAUUGCCAUCAAGCCUGAUGGGGUCCAGCGGGGUCUUGUGGGAGAGAUCAUCAAGCGUUUUGAGCAGAAGGGAUUCCGCCUUGUUAGUAUGAAACUCAUGCAGGCUUCUGAAGACCUUCUCAAGGAACACUACAUUGACCUGAAAGACCGUCCAUUCUUUCCCGGCCUGGUGAAGUACAUGCACUCAGGGCCAGUGGUUGCCAUGGUCUGGGAGGGGCUGAAUGUUGUGAAGACAGGCCGAGUGAUGCUCGGGGAGACCAACCCUGCAGACUCCAAGCCUGGGACCAUCCGUGGGGACUUUUGCAUUCAAGUUGGCAGGAACAUUAUUCAUGGCAGUGACUCUGUGGAGAGUGCAGAGAAGGAGAUCGGUUUGUGGUUUCGCCCUGAGGAACUGGUGGAUUAUAAGAGCUGUGCUCGGGACUGGAUCUACGAGUGACACGAGGGCAGACCAUGAUGCUCUUCCCAUCUACUUUUCCUCCUUCCCAGUCAGUGGACUGGGCUGUAGCAUAGCUAGUUAUUUCUGGGAACUUCCUUAUAAUCUGGAAGGAAACUCUUGGAGCUGUGAGUGCUCCCUGUAUAGCGUUACGUGCUACCAUCAGAUUAAAAUGUUUCAUCCCGAUGUA